AUGGACUUAAAUAUUAGCUGUACUUCGUCGUUAGACCAAAGGGUUCCCGACUCUUUUCCACCUUAUGAUACCGAUUCACCUGAGGGGACAUUUGGAGAGCCCGUCCCUUUUGUCCCCGAUGUGGGAAGCAACGUUGUAAUUAAUGAGCACAACAAAAACAUACCCAUUUUUGGAUCGCCACCCAAAAUAUGGUCUGGAAAGAGGGUCCUCUGCUCUUUCUCGGCUAAUGGCUCCGAUUCCGACGAAUAUCCCUUCCAUGCUGUUACAUUUGGUGAAUCAGCAUCUUUGACAGGCUUGUCAUAUAACGAUCAUAGCUAUGCCAAAACGGACCAAGGCGAAUCUAGAAAUUGUCCAGAAAAUGGUGACAAUCAACUUGCUCUUUUGGCCAAAUUAGCGCUUGCGAAGCACGAUAGUCCUGAGUCGUCACACGUCGACUGUCUUGGAGAUUUUGAUUCUCCAGUCGACAACCUAUGCAUUUCAGAUAGCUUGGUGGAACGCUCCUCCGGAACCACCAAAAGUUCAGGCGUACCACACGUAACAAUUAUAAAACAGCCAUAUGUUUCCCCAACUAACGGGCACCAAGUUGCGAAUCAGUUUCAACCACACCUCCCUGGCACUACCUGCAAGGUCACUCCCACGAAUGGGAGAGCAAUACUUUUAGCACCUACCCGGAGCAGUCUAGCGACGUCAGUCCAGAUUCACAGGGUAACUUCUGUCGCUCCGCAACCGGUGCUACUGCGCACCGACAUGCCGCCCAUUUCUGUUGAUGGCAACAGCGUGCAGAAUCCUCCAGCCGCGGUUCCCGCCCAAUUCCGCUGCAUUUGUGGUUUCACUCACGAUGACGGAUGCCUUGUCCAAUGCACUAGCUGUCGAAUCCUUCAACAUGCUGAAUGCAUGACGCCACCGGGAACCAUCCUGCCAAAGCCUUAUUUCUGUGAAUCCUGCCAACCGAGGCCAGUUAUGCCGACUGAGGCGGCGAAUUUACAACGCAAGAAACUUGCAGCAGCAGGUAUUAAUCAGAUGGCACCAACAAAGACGAUCCGUUUGGCAAAUGCUGGAAUCCGCUUUCCAACGAAUAAAUUUAAUUCUCCUACUGGUGCUAUUCAGCACAUUGCGCCUUCAAAUAGAUUUUUCUUGACGACGCCCGUAAAUGGAGCACUUCCUGUUCGACCGAUACAGGUCCGCUUGGGUGAGCUACCAUCUGGGGCCGUGAUCGGCCAGUCUGUAGGAAACACGACCAUCUACCAAGUUGAUGCUUCUGCAUUAAAUCAGUUCCAGCCGCGUACUAUCAACUUGGAUCCAAGACCCUAUGUCACAUGUGGUCAGCGGGCUUCCAAGAGAAAGCAAGAUUUAUUUACACUAGCCGGAGAAUCUUCCACGGCCUUUGACAACAUGUCAACAAAUUUCCGAUUUGAGGAGACUGCAAGUACCGAAGAAAGUGAAGAGUUGCCGUGUCCCAAGUUCUACCGAGCACCUUCAAGCACUUCUGAGGUUGAAGCCAACAAGUCUGCAUACGCUCCUCGCGUGUCAACUAACUACACCGGACGCUCCACAGUCAACCAGGAGACAAUAGUUAACUCUUCAGCUCACAACGUUCCGGAACCGGCCUCGCCAGAUGUAGUUAUUUGGAACGACUCCUAUGAAGAGGCCUCAGAAACUCGUAUCUCGGACGCUCUGAAGCAGCGAAUUCGUAACGUCUUCCUUACCUCUUCGGCCCGCGAACUGGACAAUCCUCAAAUCUCGGAUUCUACACUGUCCUCUGUUAGCCGCGCCCAUCGGUGUCGUGUAGCUUCUCUCGAAUUUAACAAAAAGGGUUUGGUUGCUACUGAACACAUUUACCCGCGACAGCCGAUUGUGGAAUAUCGAGGCAACGCGAUGCUCCUAAGUGAGUACAAUGAGCAACAGGAUUAUCGGAGAAAUUACAAUCCUUUUAUGUUGUUCUACAAAAAAUUGGACAAGACAGUUAUAUGCGUAGAUGCGCGCAAUUAUGGCAACGAGGCCCGAUUCAUCAGGAGGUCCUGCAAUCCUAACUGCGAGGUUCGCCUCGUAUUUCCUCCUACGGACUCCUUCUCCUCGGUCAUAAACCCCCAGUGUAUCAAGUUUAUCGUCGCGGCCACCAGAGUCAUCCCAAGUGGUACUGAGUUAACAAUACCCUUCGAUUUCGACUACACCUCCUGCUGUCCAACUGACGGUGACGCCACGGGACACCCCCAGCAGCUGUACGACCCUCCAUCUCAAUUCCACUCGGACAAAUUUUCUCCUCGUCAUGAUUGGUCCCACGAUGCCUCCGAUGACGACGUCGAUGACGACAACAGUGAAGACGACGAUGAGGAUGAGCGGGAGCAGGAAGAGGAAGAAGAUGACGACGAAGAGGCCCACUUACCCAAGCCGUUUGAUGAAUCAGCCUACGGUUCUUACAGUUCUUUUCAUAGGCGUCUUGGACCAGAUCUAAAAGUAGAGACAUCUGCCCUUUCGGACCGAACUCGAGGCAAAAUACCAAUCAGGUAUGUCCUUAUUGUCCAUGCGUGUUUAUAA